CGCAACAAACACCAAAGCGAGAAAUCUCUAUCUGGGAGUUCUCUCCAAUGGCGUCCGGUGUGAUUGAAGCCUGCCGAACUCGGAGGAGAAACCGCCGGCCGUUUCCGUUCGAGACGUUUGCAACGGCGGGAACCGUCGGUGGACUCAGCGGCGGUGUUUUCAGAGACGACGUCCGCUUGUUUCUCCAGGAAUUCGCCGGAAUUGAAGACUACGCCGUCGCCGGGAUGCCUCUCUGGUCCGUCUGGUUCAUCGCUUCGUGUAAUGGAGCCGUUUUCCCUCUCUACAUUAUUGAAGAACCGGUCCAGUACUCUCCGCAACCAUUCUGCGAUCACUGCAAAUUCGCAGGCUGGGGUCAUCAUUACGUGUCAAAGAGGCGGUACCACUUCAUAAUUCCGGCAAACGUGAACUGGGAGAAACGUCUGGCAAGUAAUUGCAUGGAAAUUGGCACGAGCCGUCAUACAUUGCAUGGAAUGAUUCACUGCAAUGGCUAUGGACAUUUGCUAUUUAUCAAUGGACUCACCGGAGAUGAAUCACCAGAUUCUUUGCGAGGGACUGAUUUUAUGAACUUCUGGGAUCGCCUCUGCACGGCAUUGAAAACUAGGAAAGUCUCUGUGUUUGAUGUAUCAAUGAAGGGAGGGAUGGAACUGAGAUUACUCUAUGGUGCGACUCAUGGAAUGCCUUGGUUUGGGAAGUGGGGCUACAAGUUCAACCGAGGAAGCUUCGGGGUGACAGAGAAGAAGUACAACUCUGCCAUUGAAUAUCUUCAGUCCUUAAGCCUGGAUCAGAUCCUCAACGAUUUCAAGACAAUCACACCCGGAAGAAGAAGGAAUAUAAAAGAAGUCAUCGACAAAUACAGAGAAAUGAGCCAAAAGCCAUUAAUCACAAUUAGUGAGCUCUUGCAGUUCAUCAUGCUCAUGCGGCGUCGUUCUCACACCACAGUCCCUACAACUCAGCCGAUUCAGAACACUAACAGUAAUAAACUGUCGAAUUUAGCGGCAAAACAUCACAAUGAAGGAAUUGACCCUGUUUCUGCAGAGGCAUUUGUGAAGAUGCUGGUCAAGAGCGAUUGCAGGUGGCCUGUGCGGAGGUUAGAUUUCGUGCUGCAUACCAUCGUCGAUUUGCUGAAAGAAACAGAUGGUGGGAUGUUGACCAGGCAAGAACUUAGAGAUGGCGCAAGAAAAUGCGUGGGCGACACCGGCCUGAUCGAUUUCGUCCUCAAAUCCAUCAGAUGUUUUUCUUCAGGGAAUCACAUCGUUCGCCGGGCGACCAAUCCCACCACCAAGUUAUUGGAAUUCCGCAUUUUUACCAAUGAAGAAUCGUCUAACGAUGAAAAGAACGCAGUGGUUUCCCGUUGUUCGACCAGAAACCCUUCAACUACGAAGAGGAUAGAGUUCCUAGUCCCUGGCUGCAAUCACAUUGACGAGGACCUCAAGCUGUUGUACUUCAACGUCCUCCUCGCUUACCCUGCCGGGCAGUUGAUCCUGGACAGCAAGCGGUUGGUAAAGGAGUGGGGCAUGCAAGAUGUUGAAGCGGCAGUGGUGGGGGAGCUGAGGAUGCGGUUGACUUGCCAAGUCCUGCCGAGUUUCGAGGAGUUGGAGACUGAGCUGACCCGCCCAUUGACCCCGGGAGAGGUGGUGGUUGUCCCGGGGAGCAUCACCAUAGGAGAACUGAAGAGGGUGGCGCAAGCAGCACUGAGGGACACCCAUUGCAUUAUGGAGAAGUUUGAGGUAAGACAGGUUGGGGGGUUGAGAGGGAUAGAGGACGAGAGGGUAGUAAAGGGUUGUGUGGGCGUUGAUGGGUCAGGAGGUGCACACGUGUGGGUGAGGGGGUGUGGUUUGGAUUUGGAGUGCCCUAUGAGGUACCAAGACGGUGUGGGAUCUUCUUUGACUAUGAGUUCUUCCAAGGUAGAGUGUGUGUGUGGGACAAAGGAGGAUGAUGGGGAGAGAAUGGUGGAAUGUGAGGGUUGUCAGGUGUGGCAACACACAAGGUGCUGUUGUGGAAUAGAGGAUGAUGAUGAAGAUACACCGCCUUCCUUUCUUUGUGAAGUCUGCCGUGGUAGUGGGCAUUGGUGAUUAUAUAUUUCUUCAAAAUUAAAUUUAAUAAUUAAAGAGGUUAAGGAUGGCUAAAAUUGGUUAUUAGUUCAUUUAUAGUCUUUAUUUCAAGUGUAAUCUUAUCAUACUAUAUCAUUACCUUUGUUCUACAAAGUUUAAAUAUUUGUAUCUUGAUGAGAAGUGCAC